AUGGCUAUUAGUUUGAGAGACAGGUUUAUAAACUAUGAGUCUAGUUUCAAAACGAGCGAAUUCUUUUCGAGUUCUGAGUUUGAUCGAGCCUUGAAAACCGAGGAUGAGACUGCUUUGGUUCUAAUUUCUCAUCUUUCGAGUGAGGAUGAAGACAAGCUUGCUUGGCCAAGUCAGGUUCUCUGCUCAAUUGUUUUCCCCAAGUUUUUGGUUCUAGCAGAUCCAGCUUCUCGUCUGCUACUGACUUCGACGAUUGAGUACUUCAAGCUUCAUCAGAGGGCCACGGUACACGGAUUAUUGUUUCCACUCGUACUGCAAAAAGAGGGUAUCAACACCCCAAUCUGUGACGUGAUGACUAGGAUUGAGAAGGAAUGCCUGCACCUGGCUCGCGUUUCUGUCUUCUGUCGGACGCUUCUUUGUUGGGAGGAAGAGGAGAGGAGAUUCAUCUUGCUUCCAUGCCACGAAUUUCUCUUCUCGAACGAAUUGGUAUGGACGGAUUCGCUAUUUAACCUCUUACACAACAUCUUGAAUCAUAAUGUUCACUUAACUCAGGAUUCUGUUGAUCGUCUUGUGUACCAUGUUAGGCAAAUGGCUGAAACAUUCUCCAAAUCUUUAAAAUUUGGAAACUUAGUGUUACGUUUGGUCACGAAAUGUUCUUCCAUGCUCGACUCGCAUGAAGGAUUUACUGACCGAAGCAGCGGAGUGCACCACACCUUUGUUACAAGAUCCAUACUAUCAAGAAUCCCUAGGUUUUAA